UAAAGGACCCACGAAAGUAACUUGCCUGCUUUCCGGAUGAUAGUAAUGUUGUUGGAUCAAUUCAAUUUUCGUUGCUAAUUAAUUGCGACGAAAGUAAGCUUUCUUAUCGCGCUACCCUCUUGCUACACACAGCCCGGCUCAUAGCAACCGCCGGUAAGGUAAGGCCUUGAACAAUUGCAUCUCAUCGCUACAGCUGUAUGGUAGCAAAACUACAACGUUAAACACCUCUGACUGCUCUGGUCCCAUCUUCACGACCCUAGGAUAGUAAAGCAUUUUUGAAAAUCAUGGCGAAUAUGGCAGUAUCCCGCAUCAAACGAGAGUUUAAAGAAGUGCUUAAAAGUGAAGAGAUUACACAAUGCUCGAUAAAGCUAGAAAUGGUAAAUGAUAACUUUACGGAGCUGAGAGGAGAAAUUGCUGGACCACCGGACACACCGUACGAAGGAGGCAAAUUUAUGCUAGAAAUAACGGUCCCCGAAACAUACCCGUUUAAUCCACCCAAGGUGAAAUUUAUGACUAAAAUAUGGCACCCCAACAUAUCAUCCGUGACCGGUGCAAUCUGUCUCGAUAUACUGAAAGACAACUGGGCAGCAGCGAUGACCCUGCGGACGGUGCUAUUAUCGCUGCAAGCGCUGCUAGCCGCUGCCGAGCCAGACGAUCCCCAAGAUGCGGUCGUUGCCACGCAGUACAAAGACAACCACGAAAUGUUCAUCCUAACGGCGAAACACUGGACCAACGUGUACGCCGGCGGUCCGUUUGCGAACACGGAUUUUGACCAAAAGGUGCAACGAUUGCGUGAUAUGGGUAUACCUGAGUACGAUGCGCGAGCUGCCCUGUCACGCCACAACUGGCAUCUGGAGCGUGCCUCCGAGCAGCUAUUCAGUUAGUCUCUUGGUAGAACCUAGUUCUCGUGGGCUUUCGCACAGCCUUUGUGUUUUUUUUCCGAGCCGGCGCGAGCUUCCGUAUGUGUAUGUGUGGUUAAUUUUUGUAUCUUAAAGGUUAUAAUUUCCCGCCAGUUAGGGCCUCAUUUAUAAUUUCGAUGAGAUUUAUGUGUAUACCCGGGAGGUGGAACCAGCAGGUGAAAAGUCAAGCGCAAAAAAGUUAUUAAAAUUGAAUUUGAAAUGAAAAUAGAAACAAAACUUCAGCAACUUUCAACAGUGAUACCCGAGACCGUCUAUAGACUAUUAGCAUUCAUUUGUAAAACAAAUCAUCUUCUCCCAAUUGAUGGCUUUGGAAAGCUGGUAAAUAUGCAGUAAGAAGACACAACCGCGCACCGUAUGGGGUGGAAAUGGAACUUUCUCUAGCUGUGGGCCGCAUAUUACACGCUCAUCAUGUACCAAAAUGUAUCGAAAGGACAGCAAACAAAAAAGAGCAAUACAUGGCUUCAAACAUUGCAAAAGACACAGCAACCAAGUGACAGAUAUAUUCCGAAGAUGAAAGCGAGAACAAGACGGUGGAUGAAAUAAGCUUCGCAACCAUUUAAAUGGACGAGAAGCGCAGGAUAUUACACGUGUUUAGUUGGUGAACGGCGGGAAAAAGGAAAUGGUUCAAAUGUCGCGGAGGGAGAGAGAGAAACUGAGCGCAACCAUUCUUUACCGUAAAAUCCAUUGUUGGACUGUACAGUGAAAUCUAAUGCACAUGUUUGGCAAACCCAGAAUGAAAUAUAAUUAACUGAGCAAAACCAAAGUUAUGCACCGCGUAUUUUUGGGGAUGCUCAUGAAAAA